AUGUUCAAGAAUUUGGAGAUAAAGCCAUUAAAGGCUUUGGAGACAGGACAAUGCUUUCCGGACCAACCAACACUGGUUGUUUUCACUGUAGGACAACUGCUUACCUCUGAGAAGGAGGAGGAGGAGGAAGGGAAGAAGCAUGAGUGCAUCAAAUGGUUGGAUGAACAACCAGUGAAGUUGGUGGUGUUCUUGUGCUAUGGAAGCAUAGGGUGUUUUGAUGAGAAGGUAAUGAAGAGGAUAGCUUUAGGUUUGGAGAGGAGUGGGCAAAAGUUCUUGUGGGCGUUGAGAACACCGCCAAGAGAGAAUGCUUUGAUUCCCAGUGAUGUUUAUCUUGGGGAGGUGUUGCCGGAGGGGUUCUUGGAGAGCACGAGAGAGAAAGGAUUAGUGUAA